GUAUAAAUACGCUCGGCUCUGAACGACGACUAUCCCUCCAUUUCUGCAGAGACAGAUUCCGGUUGAACAUUCACGACCAUCCAACUUGUUUUGGAAAGAUGAGCAGAAACUACAUGUCAAAGAACGAUGAACUACGUAAGGGAGACUAUCUCAUGUCCAACAACGGACAAUGGAAGGCAGUUUUCCAAGAUGAUGGAAAUUUCGUCAUCUAUGGCUGGAAACCGAUCUGGGCCUCUGACACCUGUGGAUCUGAUGUGACCCGCCUGAUCAUGCAGGCCGAUUGCAACCUGGUCAUGUACAAUCAGUGUAACCAGCCUAAAUGGGCCACCGGCUCAUAUAAACAAGGUGACAAUGUUUGCCGUCUUCAUCUGUCCGAUGAGGGCAUACUGCAUUUGCACCACGAUAGCCAAGAAUUGUGGAACUCCACCAAAUCCAAAGGCAAGAAAUAAUGCAACAUUGAAUGUGAUCUUAGGGUCAGUCACCAAUGCUUAAAACUGUUUGCUUUUCGUUUGAACGCAACAUAACAUUGGUUUAAAAGCUGAAAUAAAAACUCUUUUAAAAGUUAAAA